UAGACUUAUCGGCUUUGAGUCAGUUGUCACUGAUUCUUUGUUAUCCGGUUUAGGUGAUGAAAUUCCAAAUUCCUAGUACAUUGAUAUCCAUUGAGUGCCCAAUAGCUAACCCAGAUCCCAGAUUCCGGUCCAGAAGCUCUCGACGACGACUCCUCCAAAGGGAAACUUACUCGCCUUGGUGCUGUAAGAUGCACGUUUGGCUGGAGUACGGAUUGCUGUUAUGAGCCAGCAUCAUUUGAGCCAGGUUUCAUCGUCCUUCUUCAAUGUUAAGGAGGACUACAACACCACUCUUGACAAUAUGAGCCGGGAGUUUGAAGAACGCUGGAAUCACCAAACACAAUCGCCUCACUCAAACUUGGAGAACUACAUCCAGCGGGCUGUUUUGGGAAACGGCAGUUUUGGCACUGUGCUCUUGGUCAAGGAAAAGGUGGGAAAGAACUAUUAUGCCGCCAAGAUGAUGAGCAAGGAGGAUCUAGUGCGGCUCAAGCAGGUGGCCCACGUUCAUAACGAGAAGCAUGUGCUGAACGCCGCCCGAUUCCCAUUUCUCAUCUAUUUAGUCGACUCAACAAAGGACUUCGACUACCUCUACCUGAUCCUGCCACUCGUAAACGGCGGUGAGCUUUUCAGCUAUCACCGCAGGAUGCGCAAGUUCAACGAGAAACAGGCUAGAUUUUAUGCCUGCCAGGUAGUACUGGCUCUCGAAUAUAUGCACAGGAUGCAUCUCAUGUAUCGGGACCUCAAGCCGGAGAAUAUCCUUUUGGACAUCCGCGGGUAUAUUAAGAUAACUGAUUUUGGGUUUACUAAGCGCGUGGACGGUCGUACUUCAACUUUGUGCGGCACUCCCGAAUAUUUGGCUCCGGAAAUCGUGCAACUUCGUCCGUACAGCAAGUCUGUGGACUGGUGGGCUUUUGGCAUCCUAGUCUACGAGCUGGUAGCUGGUCGUUCGCCCUUUGCUAUACACAAUCGUGACGUGAUCCUGAUGUAUUCGAAGAUAUGCAUGGGCGAGUAUAAAAUGCCCAGUUACUUCACACAAAAUCUGAAGAACCUGGUGGAAAGCUUAAUGCAGGUGGAGACAACGAAACGUUUAGGAAAUGCAUCCGAUGGCUCGACGGAUGUGAAGAACCAUGCGUGGUUUCAAGGUGUCGAUUGGUAUGGCAUUCUCAACCAGGAAGUUCCGGCACCCUAUGUGCCCACGGUAACCGGCGCCGAGGAUCUGUCCAAUUUCGAGAAUUUCGAAUUAAGGGACAAGAUGAAGUCGCGAAUAAAUCGGCAUCCCGAGUUAUUUGCGAAUUUUUGAAUGUUAAGAUCGCAUAUGUUAGCUUGUUUUUGGGUGAUAUUGGUGUGAAAAAUGUCUUGUUGAAAUAGUGAACUAGCAGAUUGCUAAUCGUCUUUAAAAAAAAAUGAAUACUGUAAUAAAAGAAAGUUUUGUAUAGUUCAAAAGUUCUUUUAGAAAGUAUAAUUUA